AUGUUUGCCUUGGCGUUCUGGGUCAUCGGCUCGGCAUCGGAUGGAGGGCUGUCUGCCAGGGAGUCUCUCCCGUCCCAGGGCACCACUCUGGAGGCACUGCUUAGGGGGGACGCCCUGGACAAGAGGAGCCGGGACCGAGAAGAGGAGAGCCUACUGGAGAUCCAGAGGGUUCUAGAAGCCGACGCGCAGGAAGACGGUUACCAUGACGACGACGACUUUGAAGUGGACACGCCGAAACGGAAACACAGAGGCAAAGGCAGAGGUCGAGGGUCCGGCCGCCGAAGGAAUGAUGCCCACUCGACAGACGACCAGGACAAGCCAUACGUCUGUGAUAUUUGUGGGAAGCGCUAUAGGAACCGCACAGGGUUGAGCUACCACUACACUCACGCCCACCUGGAGGACGAGGGGGCAGGGGAAAAGGAGUCUGAGCCUUCACAGUCUCCGCCCACGCACCGCCCACACAGCCGAAAACAUCCAAAAGGUCCGGACGGGAACCCUGUUCCCAACAGUAACUACUGUAGUAUGUGCCUGGGCAAAUCAGGCUCCAACAGAAAGAUGAACAAAGCCGCAGGCUUGGCUCCCUGCUCAAAGUGUGGACGAUCAGGCAACGGUGUGGAGAAGGAGGAGCCACGGCCUUUUGCUGGCGCGGAGGAGCUCUUUGGCACCACGUCCGAGAGCGAUACGUCCACCUUCCACGGCUUCGAGGAAGACGACCUCGAUGACGAGCCCACGUCCAACGGCAACAAGAAGGCCGCACAGUGCAGAUAGAGCACACACACACACACACACACACACACGCACACUGACACAUACACCCACACACACACACACACACACACACACACAGACACACACACACAUUCACACUUGCACACACUCACAUACAGCAAACACAACAGGACCUUCUCUAACCAGAGACACUUUUAACAAACUCCUGUUAAACAAAGAAGAAAAAUGAAGAAAAAAAAAACGCUGCUUUUUAAUUGUUUUCCUGGCCGUUUUUGCAGAAAGCACAAAUAAUGAUUUCAGCGAAGAAAAAUGCAAGUUUUCUUUUAUGAUUACUGGAAACUUUAAGCCUUUUUGAAUAAGUUAUAAACUUGCUUUUUUAUUAUUGUUAUUUAAAUAAGGAGAGUGUGAAGCUGACAGACUGGGUGUCCUGAUGAAAGAGGCGCUCUUCGUGUGAAACAAUGGAACAGUUUGUCUUUCGGGAUGCUUUUUCCCCCCUUGUAGGACAAAUUUCAACUUGUUUUUGCAAACAAGAACACUGGAACAUGUGGAUUUAAUUUUAUAGCUUUUCUGGGAUAGUUUGCCAGCUAAAUUAAAUUUUUUAAAAAUAAAUUAUAAAUAAUAAACAGUUGAUGUAAGAGAGAAGUCAGAAGGAACUUCUGCUGUACGUUGACCUAUUCCGUGAGGAAAUGCCUAUGGAAGGAAGAGAAUACAUGAGUCGACUGUUUUUGGAUUACUGGGCUUUUACUAUGAGUGGCUGAGACGGUCAAGAAGUUGACAUCAUCCAGUCCAACGGGUUUUGCAUUGACAUUUGGGGUAGGGUCACUACUGUGAUGACCUACAGCCAGCGCAGUGAAGGACACACAGCUGGGGGUUUGGGCAUUCAGUCGGGGAGCUUAGUCGCUUCGUCCUCUGAACGGACAGAUCUGCUGAGACCCCCGCAAACGCACACAGACCCCCUCAGACUCCUCGACACACACACACACACACACAGAUUCCCAUCCACCCUGGCAAACGCACACAGACCCCAUCAGACUCCUCUGGACACACACACACACAUACACGUACACACACACACACCCAUCCACUCUCCUGCUAUGCACCUAAUACGGACACCAGACGUCAACUUGACGAACUCACGGGGGUGAACUGUGUGGAUGAAUACCGUACUUUUGAAGUACUUUCUUGUUUUUCCUUUUUUGUUUUUCUUCUGAAGCUUUUCUGACUGGUCUUUUGAGUCUACUGGUGCCCCUUUUCAUGUUCCCAGUGUAGAGGACUGAUGUGGACCAAACAGCCUUACACAAGUGUCAGAAACAGUGGAUCUAACCCUCUUUUGAGGAAAAAAAAAUGACAUUUGACAAAUGACAAAUGAAGGAUAUAAAUGAAAUCAAACUGAUUUGUAUUUAACAAGUGUCCAUUCACCGCUUUUCCUUUUGAAGCACUUGUGUUUUUCUGUUUUUUUUUUUUUUUUUUUUUUUGUCUACCUAAAAAUCUGCUUUGCUUACUAUUACUGUAGGUGUCUUUGCACAUAAGAGUAGUGGCCAUGGAAGGAUUAAAAGCCAGAUUUAAAAAAAAAAAAAAAAAAAAAAAAGAUCUAAAGCAAACAAACACACACGUACCAGACUCGAUCCCUUGUCUAUGCAUGAUGAAAACGGACUAGAAUCAGACAGGGCAAGCGUGGUCUGGCUACACUGUCACUGCAUCAACGCUGAACUGUUGCAGUUGGGGUGCCUAAGGCUGCCGGAGGAUCCCUGACCGAACUAACCAGGGAUCACCUCAUCAGCUCACACACAAGAGUCACAUAACACUGCUUUUCUAAUCCCCUGCCCUGAAGGACGGAGGCUCCCGAGCAAAAAGCUACGCUAGUGGUGUUGGGGAUUGAGGGUGUACUGAUGGGUGGUUCUGGGGCUUUGCUGUGGCCAGCUAAGGCUGCUAAGCUCAGCUAGGCUAGCGCAAAUGUGAAGUGACACGUCAACGUCAUUAAGUUCAUCACUGUGCUUGGACUAGGAUGCUCACAGGAAACCAAGUGUGACAGCCAUAACUGAAGACACAGCCAGAUCAGACACAUACUCUCUCUCUCUCUCUCUCUCUCACACACACACUUUCACUUGCUUUCUCUCUUCCUCUCUGCUCUCUCUCACACACACACUCACACAACCUCUGCCAUGGUGCUGAACAUUUUCAACAAAUCAACAGUGACCUCUGAUUAGUGCUACAUCUACUAGGUAUUGUCCCUCAGCCCCCCCCCCCCCCCCUCCUCUCACUGUUUCUCUUCUAUCUUACUGGGGCCAUAGUUCAAACUCUCCCUUUAAAAUGUGAAACGGGUUUAGACUCAUUACCUACAUUUUUCUGCUUUUGCUUUAGUUGACCUAGAAGUUUUUUUUGUUUUUUUUUGUAAGGUUGUUUGUGUCCCUGUGUCGUGGAGUGGAGUUGACGGACAUUUGACCCGGACGCCUCGGCCUACUUUGGAUCUUUUCUCCUGGGCCUGUGGUCUGGUCUCGGUCGACCACCCCCGCUCUGGACAUGAGCACCAAGCUCAGGCAUCUGAUGUAAACUACUGUUGAUUGCCCUUUUUUGACUCAUAGUGGGGAGGGGGGGGAUCAGGGACAGAACUGGCUGCCCCCCCUCCUUUCCUCUGCUUACUCCCUUGCACCCCCCACCACCUCCAUGUCUGGUUACUACCUGCCUCCCUGUCGCAUGAUUGUGACCCCCCACCCCCCUUCCAGUGAUGUGUAUGGACCAUUGCCAUAAACACAGCAAUAAGCUGAAAUGCAAAAGCUUUUGUGUUCCACUGAUGAAAAGCGAUGGGAUUCUAAGACAGUUACCACAUAUAGAUUGGACAACAGUGUCUUCUUCAGCCUACUCUUUCAAUGAAAUAAACACAUACUGUCAGCUCAACGUUGGAAAAUGUUACUCUGUGUUGACCUGUAUGAGUGCAGUAAAAUCGGAGAUGGUACCCCUUCAUCCAUCACUGUCACGCAUCCUUCCCUGUUCAUCUAUGUCCACUCCUCUCCUCGGCACAUGCUCAUAGUUUAUUUUUACUAUAAUUGUCGUUACAUAGGCCUACUCACUCUUGCGGAAAAGCGUCGGAUUAAAAGUUUGAGAAUGUCUCUCUCUCUCACACACACACACGCGUGCGCACACGCUCUUAUCCCUCAGGGACUCUGUUCCUAACAGUGAAUAAUUUUCCUGAAACGGGGGAAAUGUGUGUUCUUCCUUCAUCCCACUGUUUUGUCGUUCGAGUCACCAUGGGAACUAACUAACGAGUGUAGAGUAGCAUAGGAAAAAGACCAGAAAUGUCAGAUACCCCGUUAUUUUAGCAGUGGGCGCGCAGCGCAGAGAUCAGUAAUGUUUGGUUUGCCGGUGACAUCCCUCAGCUAUCGGAUCAUGGGCACUUCGAAACGUAGCCUAGCCUACUGCUCUUCUUGAAAGUCUGUUAUCAUUAUCAUCAUGAUCUUCGAUUCCUUUGGACGGACGAAACGGUGAAAUCAUAUGAAUAUAUUGGCAAGCCUAGCCUCUAUACCUCAAAAAUGACAUGGACAGCAAUAAACCUGUGUGUUUUGUGUAAUCCUGGACAGCUUCAGGAACAGGUACCAGGUGAAUUAUACGCUAACUGGUCGUUUUGUCUUCAGCUGUAAAUAUUGUAAUGCAGAUGGAACGAAGUCUUUGUUAGUGAAGAUAUUUUUUAUUGUAAUGACAUUAAAAUAAUAAGACUAUCAACUA